CCAGCUGCAUUUGAAAAAAAAAAAAAAAAAAGAUAUGGUUCUCAUUAUUUUGUUCAGGCUGGUCUCAAACUCCUGAGCUCACAUGAUCCCCCUGCCUCAGCUUUCCGAGUAUCUGGGCUGACAGACCUGUGCUAGUGUGCCUACUGGAGACGUUUUCUUUGUUAAAAUGGGGAGAAGGGUUAGCUUCCAACGCUGAGGAAAAGGCAGACAUUGCAGAAAUGCAGCUUCGACUUCCGAGACACACGGAGCCUUGGUGUGAGGGGCUCGUUUGCUGGUCAAGGCUGGGGGCUCAUGGAAGGGGUGCUGUGGACGUGGAGGUGGGCUUUUCAGAGCUCUGUCACUCCAUGGCUGGGCUGAGCUCUGAAGACGUCACAGCUUGGACAUUAAGAGACUGUUGCCUGGUAACAAACCCAAAACAGUAGACCUGGGAUACCGGACACCACUGACUUCAUCCAUCCGGCAGGGCCCAGCGUUAUUAGGAAAGCAUCAUUCAUCUCCCAGAGCAUAAAAAUAUUUUCUCUUUCACCUUGUAGCAAUUAUGUGUUUGUUUCUCCUUUGCUUAAAAAACAAAAAUGCCAAAAACAAAUGAACCUGAUUGCUCAGGGAGAUUUUUAAACAGCAGAUUAAUAUAUUCAGAGCUCUAUUGCUGGGACGCUGGAGUGUAUUAAAGUUUAAAGACACACCAGCUUGUAUGAUGACACUCCAAAGAUAAGCACCUGCCAGUGCUCUAAGCAAUUUUAGCUUGUUUAUUCUAGUAGUAGGCUUAAAGUUUUAUUUUCUCUAGGAUAUGAGUAAUGCAAAAUCGUUUAUUUUUAGGCUUUAUUUGGUUUUUUUUUUAAUAUAACUUUCCCCCAGCCCCAAGACUUUAAGAGUCUACACCUAAAUUUAUUUCACAACAAACAAUUUUGUUGGCUCUUGGUGACCAACAACAAGCAGAUUUGCCGCAGGCCCGUGGGUGGAUGCUGGGGACCCUUUAAGUCCUUUCUAAUGUUCUGGGUCUGUGCACUCUUCUGGAAACCCCCUGAGGUGAGGCCAUCUGUCCCCGAUUUUCCCUCUUUUCAAGGUAACUUCAGGUUCAAAGUGCUGCCUUCCAGAGCUCUCCACAGGAUGAAGUCCCACUUCCUGUAGCCAGCACUUGUGAUGUGAGCCGUGUCUCAAUAGCCCACCCUGUCCUGGGCACCCUGGCUGCCCCACACCAGACACUGCAGUGGCCUUGCCACCUCUUCAAACAUCCUGGUGGAACAGACCUGAGAGCCAAGGCUGGGGAGGACUCACAGAGCCAGGCAGUGGUGGCGCACGCCUUCAGUCCUAGCACUCUGGAAGCAGAGGCAGGUGGAUCUCUGAGUUCAAGGCCAACCUGGUCUUCAGAUCAAGUUCCAGGACAGUCAGGGCUACACAGAGAAAUCCUAUCUAAGAAAAACAAAAAACAAAACAAAAACAAGACACACAGGUCACCAGAUGUCUGAAGGUGUAACUUUAGCAAGGGAGUAAGGGGUGACGGUGACCUCAGCAUCUGCCCAUAGGUGCGGGGCAGAGCCUCAGUGCCUGAGAACCUUCUGCUCUCAGAAUGUACCAGUGCGGCGCAUGUGGUCUCCAGUUACUCUGUUAGCGAGGAGGCAGGGUCACCCCUGCCCAGUGAUGACCUGAGCACUCCGAGUGGUACUGGGCUCUGACCAGGUACUGUGGCCUGCUCUCCGUGUGUGAGGAGAAAAGGCCAGACUGCUAGACAGGAUGGCUCAUCUAAGCAACGCUUUGCCCUGUGAGAUGUCCGUUAGUUACGCUAUCUUCCCGCAAUGGCACCCUCGGGUCUUACUUACUCACCAGAUGUUGGCAGGGGCUGAACAAGCUGACAACGGAGCAAGGGCGCCACUGGCCUUGAGUGCUGCCAUGUGCACAGGUGUCAUUCACAUCAAUUUCUGCCCAGCAAAUCUUUUCAAAGAAAAUUUAAAGCUCAAAGGCAGCAAGGUGGCGUGCACAUACCUGCCAUCCCAGCACUCAAAGGGCUGAGGCAGGAGGAUCGUGUUUGAGAGACUCUUGGACCACAUAGCAUCACCCUGCUUCAAACAUCAAAUAAAUGAACAUUAGGGAAAAGAACAGAAAUCAAGAGCACCGUUGCUUCCACCGCCCUCACACUUGACUUCCUUUUCAGCGACUUCAAUUUCCCAAAGUCAACUGAAAAUACUAAGUAGAAAAUUCCAGAAAUCCAUAAGUUUUAAAAUGCCGACAAUCUCAGUAGUGUCAUGAAACCCUGUCCUUCCUGACACAUUUGCUCCACACUCUGCCCUGUCGACAGCCGCUCGCUAGCCACCUUAGUUGUCGUAGGGCCAUCCAGGUAUUGCUGUGCUGUGUGCAGGUGAGCCCUGCCCGGUCGCCCUGUGAUGUGUCAGGAUGCCGUGCUCACUCCAUCUCCUGUUGGAUCAUCUCUGAGAAGGGAGAGUAGAGCGCAGUGAGGUUAUUACAGUAGUGACUGCUCUGUUUUAUUCCAGCUACCCUAGAGUGCCGGACUUAGAAGUUAAACUCGAACAUGCUAUCUGAAGUUUAGACAUGGGAGGCACAUUCCUAGGAAGGUAUGUACUGGCUAAGGCUUGAGAGAGAGUCUGCAGUUCACUGUCGGAGGGGACUACGUUCACAUCAGUUAGCCUUUAAAGACAUUCCUGUUCGCCUUUUAAAGACACUCUCUCCCACCUUUAUACACUUUCCAGUUUGUGCCAAGGCUCCAGUGCAAAGAGAUCUGCAAACUGACUAGAGUCCCAAGCCCUGGGAUCCAUCUUUCCUUGCAGUUGUAACUCUGGCCAACAGGGGGCAGCACAAGGCAAGCAUCCUGCCAGAUGGUGGCCCAGGGACUCUCAUCCCUUUGGAAUUUGGGGUGGCAGUCCUUUCCUAAGUAAGUUUUUCCCUAGUGACCUCACUCUUUCCUACAUCUCUGGUUCAUACCUGUGGGUUACUAAAAAAGACCUUAUGACAGUGUCGCAAACCUGUCUUCCAGGAAACCAAGGUUCUGUUUUAUCUCCUGUGCUGGGUGAGCCACGGCAGCACAGGCACUAUGACCUCCUAGGCAGCUCAUCAGGAUAAAGUUCUGUUAAGAAAGAAAGGGGGUGACUUGGGGAAAAGAACAGACGCCCACACAGAAAGAAUGCUGUCGGUCUGGCUGGAGUCUCCACAAUAUUGUCACAAUAUUGUCCCUGUUGGCCACUGUGGAAAAGGAGGCAUGAUUUUUUGGUUUUCCCAAGCAGCUUAACUAAGAGAUGUUGGCAUUUUUCAAAUAUAUACAUAUCAUGGACAAGUGACCUUGACUUUGCCCAAGUGCAGAGCUGACCUGCCCCAGCGGGCUUCUCAGAAUCCAGCCAGCUCUGCUGCACCUGUCACCUGUCAGGGACAAGAAUAAACGCAUUGUCAUGGAGCAUUGUUCCCGGAUUACCGUCGGCUUUGAUGGCUGCUGGCUACCCCCGGCCAGGGCUUUACUUCAGCACGCAGGGUGCCGCCAGGGAGGAUGACAAUAUUUCACUCUCUGGACACCUCUUUCAACGCUCCUCACCUGAAUAAAAUGUGUGCGCCCAUGCCAACAGGAGGAUUUGGGCAAAUGCGAGCUGUCCCACACAGGCCACGAAGUGAUAUUCCUUCUGCUCUCUGUGGGAAGGUGAAAGAGAGGGGACUCAUCUCCCCAAAUUACUAAGUUGUCGGGGAGAAAAAUACCAGGAACUCUUAGAAUUGAAGAGGGCAGGCUGGUUAGUGUAUGUGAGCGGCCCCUCCAUGGUGACAGCUGCCUUCCUGGGCCAGGUGGGCUCCUCCCUCACACAUCCCCAUUGUUCCAAGGUCGGGGACAUCAAAGAUGGCUCGGGACCCACAUUCUGCAGCUUCCCCUGGAGAGCCAGCAGUCCUGUGGGCCCAGGGAGUUUUUCCUUUGAAGAGCUGCUUCCCAGCUGCUCGACUGUCACAUUUGCCAUGACAGAGAAUGAAAGCCUUCGAGAGAUCUGGGCUGUCAUUUUCAUUCCAUCUUCUUAUUGUGCAAGACCCACUGCCUCCAACCAUGGCCUUCCAAAUUCUUUCCGAAUACUCUGUCCUUUGGCUUGGCCACUUGGUGAAUAGGUUUUGUGGAGAAUAAAUGGAUCCCCAGGUUGGAGCAUCACUGUGUGCCCUGUGUGGGACUGGAUGCUAAGUAUCCACAGACCCCGCUGCAGUUUCCCACGUUGAGAGGGGAGGCGCCAUCAUUGCAGUACCUCUAUCCUCCCCCCCAGCCCCCCUCCCCGCAUGUGAGAGGGAAGGGGGGCAGGUGAGCCUGCCUGCUACUAGUAGCCCCUCUGGAGCUUCCUCAGCCUCAGCCUCAGCUCUGCCAAGUUCAGAUGGCCGCAGCCAGAGCAGGCUGGACCUCUAACUGUCCUUGGCCAGGUGAAGCCCUUGGGGAUCUACGUCCUGGUCAGGACGCCGCUGUCCCUGACAAAUUUUUCCAUGUCCUCUUUGAUGAGAAAGGCGCCGUGUUUUCUACUAGGGCGAGAGGAGGGUUUUUCAGUGCUUCUUGGCAGCAGACCCUGCUGCUCUUUGGCUCCCUGGGGCCUUAGCAAAUGGAAGGAGGGUGGAGCUGAUGGGCCCGCUGGCCACAGCUUCCCCCUAGAGGGAAGCUGUUUGUAGCUUCCAGUGUCCUCAGUUACCCCCUGCUUCCCCCACGGAGUCCACGCUCCAGCCCUGGAGCCCUGGUCAGUUCAUAUGCAAGGAGAUUCCUAUAGUGUGGAGAGUCCUGCCCACCCCAGCUGCAGGGAGGGCUAGCUCAAAGGGAAAAUGGGAGAUUAGAAGGUUACAGAUCCUCCCCCACAAACACCUUUUCUAACCCCCAGUGCUGGGAGUGGAGCCUAAAGCUUCUCUCAGAUGAGGCCAACACUGUACCGUGGAGAGACACCCAACCCUCAAACCCUCAUUAAUUUAUUAUUAUUAUUUUUUGUUUGUUUGCUGGAAGGCAGGGUCUUGUUACAUAGCCCAGGCUGGCCUCAGACUUGUGGCAAUCCUCCUGCCUCAGCCUUCCAAAUGCUGGGAUUACAAGUAUGCAUCGUCGGGUCUGGCUUCAUUACUUUUCUUAAAUGUGGAGACCAAACAGCCUGAACAAGGAGGGCUGUCUGUGAGAAUUGUCUGGGAGGCUUUUUAAAAAAUAGCAACAUCAUGGCCCUGUUCCAGAGCAAUAAUUCCGAAUCUCUAGGGGUGAGGGAAGAAAGAGCUUUGCUAUUUUUACAAAGCUCACUUGUGUGCCUCCAGUGAAGCACAACUAAGUCCCACGGCCAUUCCAUGGCAGUGCCAGCUCGGGUUAUAACGACCUUCGUGUGAACUACCGUUAGCAUGGAGGGCAGUCUGGGGAUGGUUUGCUCAGACAGAAAAGGCACCAUGAAAACGUGUCAUCCAGUUGUUGCUGUCACCGUGUCCAUGGUAACAGUGGCUAGCCACCCAGUGCCAGAUGUGGCCAGACACGGCUCGAUGCAGCCAUAUCUCUGCAGACUCAUCUUCAAGAUGCCCAAGUUCAGUGAGCCCAGAGCAGCACACUCCGAGGGUGGGCAAGUGUAUCCGGGUUUCCUCAGAUCACCAGCCCCCAAAGCACAACAGAGUCAGUAUUGAAUGUGAAAACUUGGCCUUACCUUGUGCUUGUCCCACUAGCUCUUACAACUUAACCUGUUUCUCUUCAUCUACCUUUUGCCUCAGGCCUUUUUUUUCCCUUUCUUUUAUUUUAUGUCCUAUUCUGUGGCUGGGUGGCUGGCAGCUGCCUGACUGCCAAGCCCGGGCAUCUCCCUCUCUCCCUGGUUCUUUCCUUCUUUCCUUUCCUGAGCCUAGAUUCCUCCUGCUGCCUCUUCUCUCUGUCUGCCAGCCCCGCCUACCCCUCUACUGCCCAGCUGUUGGCCCUUCAGCCUUUUAUCAGACCAAUCAGGUGCCCUAGGCAGGCAAGGCAGCACAUCUUUAUAUCGUUGCACAAACGCAGCAUAAACAAACACAACACACCUUUACACAGUUAAAGUAUUCCACAGCAUACAAGACUGGAAAUUAUAAUUCUAUCCUUCUAAGAUAUGUAAAUUUUACUAGCACACUGAUUAUGCAUGUUCGUGAGGCACCAUGUAAGGUUUCAGUACAUGACUACUUAUAUAAUGAAUAGGUCGUGAUGAUUGGCUCACCUCUCAGGAAACUGGGUUCCAUACUUGGCGUAUGGGAACUUAUAGUCCUCCUGCCUCAGCCUUCUGAGUGCUACAUUGAUGUGUGUGUCACACACCACACUCUGCCAGAACCUUCCUUUUAAACAAGAGCCAUGCGUGGUUCUGAUACAAGGACUCAGUAAGCUCCAUGUUGGCUGUCUUGCCUGCACGGACAGGGCCUUCUCAGAGGAGUCUCGGCUUUUAGUGAAGGAAGCUGCUUAUCCCUAGAGAUCCCCAGGGAUUGUCUACUGUCUUGAUCUUCUCGUUAUCUUAAUCACUUCCAGUCUGGUGGCAAAUCCACCCCUUCAUUUCCCCUGGAAUCUGUUCUGAUGGUUCCUAGGCCUUUUCCUUCCCUGUGAGUCUUAGAAUCAGUUUGCCAGGCUCUAAGCUGGGAAAGUCGGUUAUAGACUAAAAGAAUACGCUUGGCUGGAGGGAAUUUUCCAAGGCCUUUCCAAAACUCAAGCCUGGUCCGAAGGGCUCAGGAAGCUGGCGAAGUAACCUUCCUGUCACACUGUCCCCUUCAGCUGGCAACCGACUUGCUCUGGGUCACUGGUCAGUGCCUAGACCGGACCAACGUUUUCUUUCCAGGACUCCUAUCCGACCGUUCCCUGCCUUUUCUAGAAAGUCUGCUGGGCUGAACCUACUGGCUCUCAGUGCUGCUGACUCAGGCUGCUGAGGCCAUCUUGUCCCCACUGACUCACGGGUGCUCUGAACUUCUCUGGUCAGGACCCCUUAGCCUGGUGCCUGGGCUUGGGGAUUUUUGGGUUCCCCCGGGGAGAAUCAGUAACCCUUGGGUUCUGCUGCUUUGAAAUGGAAAUAUGUUUUGGAAAGUGGCAAACUGUGCUGGUGGCUGCCCAGCCACCCUUGGGCCUCGGAGGGCUCAUCAGGUGGCAGAUUCCGACUGGGAACACGUUCAUUGUUCUCGGAGCCCCGCCCCCGCCUCCGGAACCGCCGGGAAUUGUUUCCUACGAGUCCAGGCCCCAGGGGAGCGCUCUUUUUCUGUCCCUGUUGUCACUCACAUUCCUCCAGGGGCUCAGUUUCCACCACUUCUAAUCAUCCCUGGAGGACUUGUCCUUUGUUCUUGGAUUAAGCCCGGGCAGCUGUCACUCACCCCAGCCAAACUUCACACCGAGCCAGAGCCGCUCCUGAGAUUCGUCAGUGGGGAAAACUUGAUGUGUUCCAGGAUUUCCUACGACCCUGCUCGCUUCCCGAGGUACCUGCCUGAAGCCUACUGCCUCUGCCGAGGCUGCCUGACCGGGCUCUUUGGUGAGGAGGACUUCCGCUACCGCAGCGCACCAGUCUACUCCCCGGCCGUAGUGUUGCGCCGCACCGCCGCCUGUGCGGGAGGCCGCUCAGUGUACGCCGAACACUACGUCACCAUCCCGGUGGGCUGCACCUGCGUGCCCGAGCCGGACAAAGCCUCGGACAGCGCCAACUCCAGCAUGGACAAGCCAGGAGCCAAGCUGCUCUUCGGGCCCAACAACAGGCCAACUGGGCGCUGAUGCCGGGGACUGCCCGCCACCACCCAGCUUCCUGCAUCUGUCCUCCACGUCGUUCCCCACCCGCGCCGCUGCCCACUUUUUCCGAAGGCACAGCUACACGAGCUUUAAAUAUAUUUGUAUUUUUCAAAGUAGAUACUACAUACCUAAGGCUAUUUUGAAUAGAGGCAGAAACUAUUUUCAUAUUAGUAAUUUAGAGCAAGCCUGUUAUUUUUAAAACUUCUCCUCGACAUACAAGGAAAUCAUAAGCAUCCAGUUUUCUCCAGUAUGGUUCUUGAGCGCGUAAGCUGACCCUGUGCCCUGUCUCUGAAUUCAGCCUGUAGCCAGGGCUCGCCCGGGUGAAAUGGAUGCUCCCAAUCUGCACCGGAAGACCUCAGGUCCAGAGAGAGAGGGAUUUGAGGGGCCUCCUGGUUCCUGAAACCGAACUCUCCUCUGUUCCUGAGCAUAUGGAUGGUCUCAACUUUCUAGCAAUUUAAUUCUUUGGUGUGAUUCUUCCACUUUUGAAAACCACUGGUCUCGAUCAUGGCAGGAGGGGGAACAUGACAUCUUAGCCGGUUCUCAGGGGGCUCCAAGCACACAAGGGCUCAGUUUUAUGGGCUUUUGGAUCAAGCCAAGCCUAAGGAGGAAAAGGGAGGGCCUAGUCUCCAGAGUACUCUGGGCUUUAAAUUGUGAGCCAACUCCUUACUCUCAUUUGAGUAGAAAGUCUGCCCCUGAGCACGUUUGUAAAAGUUCAAAAAAAUUCACUAAAACAGUGGAAGCUGAA